ACUACAUUGGCGACGAGGCGGACCGGCCCGGCGAGGCCGCCGUUGAAGAAGGCGGGAUGGCUGUCGGCAAGAUCGGCGAGUAUCGUCUUGGCACGGGCGCGUCUUGGGAUGAGUACGUCGAGCGGUUGGAAAUGUUUUGCGACGCGAACAAGAUAACGGACGAGCAGAAAAGAGCAGUUCUGCUGAGUUGUUGCGGCGAAGCAGCGUACGGGCUCAUCGUAACCCUGGUGAAGCCAGUAAGACCGACCAUGGCAAGCUACGACGAAAUCAAGACGGCCGUUCGCAAGCACCUGCAUCCGAGGCCUUCCGAGCUGCACGCAAGGUUUUUGUUCUACAGGAGAAACCAGGCGGCUGAUGAAUCGGUGGCAGACUACGUCACGGCUCUGCGGAAGCUAACGGAAGACUGCGGUUUUGGUGACAAGCAACUACCGCUGGACGUCAUGAUGCGAGAUCGUUUCGUGUGCGGCAUCAAGAACGAAGCAGUCCAGCAGAGACUUCUCGCCGAGCCCAACCUUACGUUCCAGGUCGCGUACGACAUGGCCGUGACAGCUGAGGCUACAGCAAAGCAGCAGCGAGACAUACGCAACCAGGGACGAGACGAGACAAAAGACAGCCAGGGCCUAAUUCAAGCAACUCGCACGAAGCAAGACACCGCAGCGGAAGAGUCCAGUUGCUAUCGCUGCAACGGUAAGCACGCUCCGCAUUUAUGCAGUUUUAGAAAGGCGGCAUGUUUCAAGUGCAAGAUAAUCGGACACAUUGCGAAAGCCUGUCGUUCGAAAGACGAAGUUAGAAAGUUUCAAAGAAAAACUUCACACGAGCAGAAGAAAAAAGAGAGUAAAAGCAAGGGCGCCUACGAAAUGACCGAAUUAUUUUCCCUCUGCGAGGUGAAUGAGCAAGAAGAAAAAUUCAUGGUUGAAGUACAGAUUGAAGGGCAGAAUGUACCCAUGGAAAUUGAUUCUGGAGCAUCGUGCUCAAUUGUGAGUGAAGAAACGUUUCGCUCUAUCGAGGGAAAGCAAAGUAAAAUACCCCUUCGAGAGUCAAGCACAACGCUCGUAACCUGGUCAAGAGGCGUUGCCUGUAGUUGGUCGCGCAAGUGUUGUGGUGGAAUUCAAGGGUUGGACGGCAAAGCUGCCUUUGUUGGUAGUGAAGAGAAGCGUGACCUUCCUGGCUUCAAUGGACCGCCAGUGCACAUCGAACUGAAAGACGACGCCAAACCAACGUUCCUCAAAAGUCGUACAGUUCCACUAGCACUGAAAGACGAUGUGGCCAAGGAAGUGGACCGCUUGGUGCAACAAGGAGUCUGGGAACCAGUCGAGUACUCCAACUGGGCAACUCCGCUCGUGGUGUACAGGCGAGGUGAGGACAACUCCAACGCUGAUGCACUCAGUCGACUGCCAGCCCCCGGGGACGAGGACGAACCACAACCACCUGGAGACGUGCUUCUACUGGAAGCUGUCGAGUGUGCACCGUUACAGGCACCGGACAUCGUCAAGCUGAUCAAAAAAGACAGCGUCUUGACCAGGGUGAAGGACUGGAUCCUGAGUGGUUGGCCUUCGACACAACUAGACAGCACGUUUACACCAUACGAGGUGAGGAAGACAGAGUUGUCGUUGCACCGGGGUUGCAUACUCUGA